CUUUCUCAAAUGCCGGAGGCUGGAAAGAGUGAAGCCGACAUUAGGAAGGCCGAAAAAACCGCCUCCCUGUCGUGAACAGAGGCGGCUGACUGACUGUUCGGUCUCGUGCGCCGUGUACGACGUUCUCCGGUGGUCAGACGCCCAGCCCAGCGAGCACAAUGGCUUUGCGGGUGCCAAGCUGACUCUUUCCUCGCCCAUCCAGCAACGCAGGAAGCCCGGAAGCCGCCGAUAAGAUGAGAUGACACGCUCUCUCCAAUGGAGCGUCGGCGCUUUCAAGGGCAGCUGCGCAGUUGGGCUUCUCCUCGGUGCAGCGAUCCUAUCAUGUUCGUCACUCGUUGCUCAGGGUUGCCAACCCGCGCUCCAGGACUACGACGUGUGCUUCAACAUCUUCCUGGAACGGGACUUCCCCCUGGUCGAGGCGUUCCUGUCCAACGCCGCCUUUGGCUUCAGAGGCAGAGUGCUCGUGGAGCCAGGAGACCUGGCCACCAUGUGCGAUGGGUUCGGCGAACUGCUGGAGUGCUACGUGUACCACUACCUCAACUGCGACGACCGAGGCGGAGUCCGCAGAGCGUACUUCGAGAGGCUCCUGAAGGCCAUGGUCUCUUCCUUCCAGCUGCUCUGUGGUGUUGACAGGAAGACAUUGCAGGAUCUCUUCUACGACGGACACUGCAUCCUGAAGGUGGCCAACAACGCCGGUGGCUGCAGGGCAGCCAACUUCGAACCGGCCACGACGUGGAAGCGGAUCUUCCGGUUCCAGGCGGAGCAGCAGGACUGCCUGAGCAUGCUGCGCCACACCAAGUGCCUGUCACGCGCCCUCAGCAAGUCCGGCUGCAGACCGGAGGCCACGUCGGCGUACAACACCUCGGUCAUCGACUUCCUCUUCGUGUUCUGCCAACAGGCGUUCUCGUCUGGCUCCAGUGAACUGUGCCGUCCUCCGGUGGGACUGGCUAUCUCUCUAGUCAUCGCCGUCUUGCUGUGGUGUCAAAGUAGCAGGUUGCUGCGCAUCAGUCAUUGACUAUACUUCCCCGCGAUAUCCGUGGCUUAUUGUUUUAAUUUUGCUUCCACGGGCUCUUUUUUUUUUUUUUCUUCUUGC